CAUUUACGUGUUUCUAAUAAUCUGGUAAUACUAUUGUUUAUAAGAUUAUAAAUUGCAAACGCGGGAUAAUAAAAUUUUUAAAUUGUUUCAUGUGAAAAGCAUUUAUUUAAAGUGUAAGACAAUGAAUCCGUCGACUACGCGGCCUACAGGACGAUUUAUACGUGGUCGUGGGCGAGGUGGUGGUGCUUAUCGGCCCUAUUUUUAUUUUCGUCGCAACGGACGUACGAUACCAGCAGGUGGGGGUGGUAAUACCAAUGCAGCGGCUCGGGCAAAUUUCUCAGGAUGUCGUGGUCAAGGACGUGGUGCAACGCAUAAUAAUUAUUAUACACAUCCACCCAAUGUUAUAUUAGAUUCCACUUUUCUGCGACCAGAGUGUUAUGCAGCUCCUGAUGAUAGUCAUCAAGCAGUGCAAAGCUAUCGAGCUGAUAUGCCGCUGCCAUGUCCCGGCUGGUAUUUAUAUUUCCCGCAAGAACCAUAUAAAGAAGAAUCGACGUUAGCACAGCGUAUUAAAGCAGUUGAAGAGCAUUAUACAAAGAAUCAGAACUCUUAUGAUUUGAAACAAAUACAGCAAGACAAGUGGUUUAAAUUAGAUGCAAUACAUGUUUGUGACGACAAGGUGCUUAUUAACGUUUGGCCUCAGCUGAAAGAGGAUAUGCUGGAGCGUGCGCAACGUACUUUAGCUACAUUUGCCGUUGCCAUGCACAAGGUAUUAACUAUGGAUGCUGUUAAUAGUGCCACAAGUCAGCAGGCGUGCGAUAAAAACGUUUAUGUGCCCCGUUGUACUUUACCACGAAAGAUAUACGUUCGACCGCACGGAUUUGCAGAAAUUAAUCUAAUUUCUGAUUUGGAUAGAUCCCUGUUAGGGAGCUUAUGUACAGUUCGCGGUGUGGUGUCUGCCAUAGGGAUAGUCGAAGCGGCAGCAUCGUGGAUUGCAUACCAAUGUCCACGUUGUAAGCAGGAGCAAUCAAUGAAACAAAACGGGUUUUACAUAUCUCGACCGUAUAACUGUAAAAAAGAAGGUUGUCGUGCGAAAAAGAAUUUUAUAGAACAACGUUCGUCACCUUUCACGCGCAUAACGCCACAACAAAUCGUACAACUUCAAGAAAGCAAUAUACAAGCGCCUCUUGAUAGAGAAUUUGAUUCUUCUAACACGCUGGAUGUCGAGUUAAGAUACGACUUGGUCGAUACGCUUGUAACGGGUGAAGAGGUAAUUAUUUGUGGCGUAAUUAAAAUACGUACAUUGGACGACGAGCAAAAUACAAAUCCAAGUUCCUCUGUAUAUACAAGUCAAAUAUAUAUGAAAGCGGUUUCCAUACACAAAGCGAAACAUUCCGGACACAUAUUUACUCAACGAGACAUGGAUGCAAUUUCUAUGAUAAAUUCCGAGCCCGAUAGUUUUAAACUGCUAUCACAUUCAGUGGCGCCUGAAUUACAUGGUGAAGAAAUAGUGAAAGCAGGUGUCUUGCUAUCACUUUUUGGCGGCGCUGGCUCACAAAUACAUGACGAAGCGGAGAUUAACGUCUUAUUAGUUGGUGAUCCUGGUAUUGGUAAAUCCCAUUUACUAGAAAUGUGUGCUAAAAUUUCAGAUAGAGGCACUUACCUCAGUGGUAAACAUUGGUCUCCCGCUACACAAUCAUUGACGAGCGCCCUACAAGGUCGUACAAGUCACAUUCUCACCUCAGGCGCACUCACUAUUUCCAAAACGGGUCACUGUGCAAUCGAUGACAUUGAUCGCUUAGCUCCACAACAAGACAUUUUACUGCAGAUAAUGCAAUCGAAAAUCGUUUCACUACCCUUUCAUAAUUUAUAUGCAACUAUGUCAAUGCCGACCUCGCUUAUUGCUGCUGCAAAUUCGCUACAUGGACACUACGAUCACUCCCGACCACUCACCGAAAACUCACGUUUGAGUACUGCACUGCUUCAGCAUUUUCACUUGGUAUUUCUACUAUUGGAUAAAUCUAACAAAGAUUUGGACACCUCAUUAACUGACCACAUAAAAGCAAUACAUGAUGGUAUAAAGAAAAAUACAGCAAUCGCCGAGCGCUUCGAUAGAAAACCCAAAACGAAUAAUUCCAUGAAUUUAUCCGUGAACGAUGAUGAAUUGGAUGAUGAGCAAUAUGAUUUAAGUGUACGUUUAAAAUUAAAAAUUGAUAUUUGUGGAGAAGAGGAAUUGGAUUUGUUGCCGCCCAUACUGCUGAAGAAAUUCAUAGCAUAUGCGCGCCAACGCUUGCGUCCUUUAUUGAAUGAUGAAGCUGCCGAAGCGCUCAAGUCUUUUUAUAUGAGCUUACGUGAUAAAACAGGCGAAGAGCAACGUUGCAAUGUAACGACAAGCCACCUAGCGGGUCUAAUAUGUCUUUCGCAAGCGCGUGCGCGUGUCGAUUUCGCAGAAGUGGUUACUAAACUUCACGUACGUGACGUGCUCUGUAUUGUACGUCACAGUAUAGCCGAUACUACGUUGAGCGAUUAUGUCGAUAGAAAUCCCGCAACGACUACAGCGCCCACCAGUCAACGUGGUACGGUAAAGAAAUUCAUACAAAUGCUGGAGUUGCGUGCCAAAGCAUUGGGUCGGUGCAUGUUCAACUAUGAUGAAAUCAAGGAUAUGGCCGGACAAGCGGGUAUCGCGUGUGGCGUUAGCAAUUUGGUGGAAAUAGCCAAUUUACAAGGUUAUCUGCUGAAGAAGGGACCAAAUGUGUACGAAGUGAUGAUCGAUUAGUUGUUAAGGUUAAUAUAUGAAGUAUAUUGGUUUAUGUUAAGGUUUUAUACGCUGUGUAAAAACAAUUUAAGAUUAUGUUUUUUGUAAAUCAUUGUCUAUGUGAAUAUAAUACAAUUCAAAGCAAAAUUUGUUUUAUUAUUAAGAUUUAUAAAACACAACUAUCUGAAAACGCUAAUAAUCGAAUGAAGGAAUUGCAUUUGAAAAGAUUGAAAUCCAAACUAAAAAUGCAAUAUAAUAAAGUAAAGCAAGAAAACACAUUCCACUAAAAAUUGUUUGAUCAACGCUCUCGAGUUGACAGUUCUUGGUCAGUACAAACCUGAUUCGUUCCAGUUAAGGUAAGCUAAAACUUAUUUUCUUCAAAUUAUUAAACAAAAUACAUUUUUUUUUUUUAAUUUUUAAAUAUAUUUUUUAUAUUCAUCGGAAAUACAUACACAUAUAUAUAUUAUCCUUGCGUCUUUUAAAUAUUUGAAUACAAUAUCAACUUAUCAAUGCAUUCCUUUGCAUAAAUGUUACACAUGUGAAGUAGGUAUAAUUUAUUUUACUUAAUAAUAAGAGUACAAUGUCUUUUAUGCUACAUCGCUUUAAAUUAACUAU